GGUUGGGCGAGGGCAGAUGAAGUCGGUGGGUUGAAGUCGACCUGCCAGUCAAAGCCCUUUUUUUAUAUAAUAAAAAUGGGGGCAUCAAAAACAGGUGACUGCCUGUUUUCGCUUCAUCUGAAAAAUUGCACCAAAGCCACAACAACGUUGAGGUCACCGUUGCAAAAACCACAACUCGCUGAAGUGAGGGGCGGCGAUUUCCUGUCCAAUUUUCAGCCCCACACUUUUGAAUAUCCCAAAAAUUUGGUCAAGCGAACCUUCCUGUCCUUCCACACCCCACCACUUGUCAACCGUCCACCACCACGAAAACAACGCGUGCAACCGGCGAAACCGACCUGGGACGACCGACUUUUUCUCGAAUUUAUCACACUUCCGAUCUCCCUCUUCCUGCAGAUCGCAAAUCAGUCAAAAUGGCCGCGCAAGCUAAGCACGACUGGGCCGACGACGACGACCUCGACGAGCUCACCACCGCCGAUCUUCCCCCCCCCCAGAAAAUCCAAAACAAGGACGGCUCCACCACCAUCAUCGAGUACCGCUACAACGACCAGAACCAAAAAGUGAAGACGACCCGCCGCAUUCGCUACAUCACCCAUCGCGAGGUCGUCAACCCGCGCGUUGCCGAGCGCAAGGCCUGGGCCAAGUUUGGACAGUCGGCCAAGGACGGGGCCGGGCCGGCGCCCGACACGACGAGCGUGGGGGAGAAUAUCAUCUUCCGGCCGAGUAUCAAUUGGAGGAAGGAUGCGAAGGAUGAGAGCAAGGAUCCGAAUGCACAGGCUAUGAAGGAUAAGUUGAAGGAUAAGAAGGUUAAGUGUCGUAUUUGCAACGGAGAGCAUUUCACGGCGAGAUGUCCCUACAAGGAUACGAUGGCCCCUAUCGGCGAGGCUGCUGGCGCGGAUGUGGCGGCUGGGAUGGGAGACGAUGCUGGGGCCGGGGGUGCCGGUCCCGGGGGUGCUGGGGCGCCCGGGGCGGGGAAGAAGGGAAGCUAUGUACCGCCUGCGUUGCGUGGUGCUGGGGGUGCUGCCGGGGCGGGAGCGGGCGAGAGAAUGGGUGGGAAGUAUGGCGAGAGGGACGACUUGGCCACGCUCAGAGUUACCAACGUCUCCGAGAUGGCGGAAGAGAACGAGCUGCGCGAUAUGUUCGAGCGCUUCGGUCGGGUUACUCGCGUCUUCUUGGCCAAAGAUCGCGACACUGGUCUGGCCAAGGGCUUUGCCUUCAUCAGUUUCGCGGACCGUGGUGACGCUGUUAAGGCUUGUGCCAAGAUGGACGGUUUCGGUUUCAGGCACUUGAUUCUCAGAGUCGAGUUUGCGAAGAAGGCUGCGUAAAGUGGUUAGCCAACUGGUAUCGACUUUUGGGAGGGUGUAAGAGGGGGUUUAUUCUGGGAUGGGCUUGGUAGCAUGGGGAAAAUAGACUGAGGAUUUGUCCUAUGGGCAUAAUUGAUGUUUUGUUAUACUAAAAGCCUUUUGUGAAUUCAUCAAGCGUUAGGUAUACUUGAAAGCAGGG